AUUAAUUUUAUUGGGCAACAUCUAAAUUUGUGAUGUCAAAUUUUUAUUGUGGCAAAAAUUUCAGUCAUUAUUAUCGUAUUAUUAUUACGUGACAUCAAAUAUUAGAAAAAAAAUCAACAUCCACAAAACAAUCCUGGUAAACAUCUGGCUGUAUGUAUGUGACAGUGCGUGUGCGUAGUUCGGACCUUAGUGAAAUUGAAUGUGAUAGAUGCUUGAAGUUUUUGCAUAAAUGAAUAAUGUCGUUGAGGUCGAAGGCUCUGGCACUCGUGGAGGUGCUGCUGAGGGUGCCGCCUCUGUUUGUGGUGGAUGAAUUUCUUAAGAUCAGCUUAGGACUGCCGGUGACGAGCGGCGAAGAAGUGCCCGUUCUAAACCUCAUCACAGUGGACAAUGGUGACGCUACGGAUGGCAAUUACUACGAUGCCAAUUUCUACAAUGCGUUUUUCUUCACGCUGCUAAAGUUCCUCGUGUGUUGUAUAGGAUGUUUGUCAGCGCUAUGCAUAUUCGUGUUAUACACGAAGCACCUAAUCAUCGUGUACCUCUACCUCACGUCGCUGGGUAUCGUGUUCGUAUCCUACUGGACCAAUGUGUCCGCCAUCAAGGAGAUACAGGACCUCACACUAGUCUCUGCCUCGCCGCACUUCUCAACGAGCAUCCUCGAAGACUUGCUCAACUUAAACAUAAAGAACCUACUUGAUCUCGAUGGCCCUGCUAUUUUGGUCACACAAAACUUUGCCAUACAAUUCAUGCUAGCAAUCAUAUUUAGAAGUGUGCACCUGGGUCCGCGACACCCGACUAUCCAGAAAUUACUACCGAUAAGCUUCAUGGCGCCGUCUUUUUUGGCAAUGUUGCCGGUGCCGCCCAACUUGCUACAUCAUUCACCGGUAUUCUCUGCACUCCUGCCCCUGAUCCUGGUGAAGUACGUGCUAUGGUCGUCGGCGUACAGUGUGGUACAUGUGAUCUACGCGGGAUAUCAACAUGGAAGAUUGUUCGUCAGUAAUUACGGACUGUCAGCCCUGGUUGAAACAGAGUGGAUGCGACUCAACGUGCCCUGUGUUCUGAGAGUUUUCUGGGUACUCAGAGUCGCUGAACACGCAAUACUUCUUCUCAUGGACAAUUAUGAGGACGACUCUGAAGACGGCUUGAAAGUUUCCACAUUGCUAGCUGUACAAUCGUUGGCAUCUAUGGCUAAAUCACUGCUAGUGACUGGAUGUGAGACAAUAACGGCAGUCCUAGGCAUGACGUCCGUGAUUUCAUUUUUCUGCCAUUAUAUUGGCAACUUCUUCCAAUGGAUUCUUCUAACUGACGAAGAAGAAGACAAGAGCAUUGGCACUGUGUCUGCUAUUCUCUUCUACAUAUUGGCACUUCAAACUGGCUUGACAUCACUGAACCCGGAGAAGAGGUUUAUUAGAUUAUGCAGAAACUUUUGCUUACUCUUUACAGCUCUCUUACAUUUCCUGCAUAACAUAGUAAAUCCGAUGCUCAUGUCUUUGAGCGCAUCACACAAUCCGAGUAUGCACCGACAUAUCAGGGCGUUGGGCGUAUGUGCAUUCCUUAUUAUAUUCCCAAUAUCGCUCUUAGUGUACUUGUGGUCGCAGCAUACGAUAUCGACAUGGCUGCUUGCUGUGAGUGCCUUCAGCAUUGAAGUAAUCGUUAAAGUGGUGGUCAGUCUCAUGAUAUACUCGCUAUUUCUCAUUGACGCGUACAGAAGUACCUUUUGGGAACAACUUGACGAUUAUGUUUAUUACAUCCGCGCCUUCGGAAACACCAUAGAAUUCUGCUUCGGCAUAUUCUUGUUCUUCAACGGCGCAUGGAUACUCCUCUUCGAAUCGGGGGGAGCAAUACGAGCCGUGAUGAUGUGCAUACACGCGUACUUCAACAUCUGGUGCGAGGCGAGAGCUGGCUGGUCCGUGUUCAUGAAGCGCAGGACUGCGGUGAACAAAAUAAACUCGCUGAAAGAGGCAUCCGCGGACCAGCUGAACAGGCUGGACGACGUAUGCGCGAUAUGCUACCAGGAGAUGCAUUCGGCGAAGAUAACUCGCUGCAACCACUACUUCCACGGCGUGUGCCUCAGGAAGUGGCUGUAUGUGCAGGACCGAUGUCCACUCUGCCACGACAUACUGUACAAGAUCGAUAGCGACGUGAACAAAGAUAACUCGGAUGCCGGCAACGAGGAGAACAGCAACAACCAGAACAUGCUCCUCGAGGAGGAGCCCGACCUGCUGCUGGGUGACGGCGUCAGAUGACUGAUGGACGACGACCAAGACCACUUACAUUAAAAACAAUAUACUUUGCAAUCGACUAAUUUGAGUGGUACACUUUCGACUUGUAUAGUAAGUUAUAGUUUUUUUUUUAUGAUGAUCAUGUUCGUAUACAUACCUGUGAUUUUACGAUUUAAAAUUUGUCUUGUGAUGAAAUUUUUUAUUUCAGUCACUGAGUGAACUGUUAGUGUAAGCUUAGUGAUCCAUUGGGACGCUUGAUUUGUGAUUUUCCACGUAUUGUCCUAUCUACGUUCCGUACUGUACUCGUUUGAAAAUUUUCAAGUCCAUUCAUGUUUGUGUAUUUAAAAAACUGUUUUCAUGAAACAUGAGGCGGAUUAGAUUUGAAGCUAUUUGUAAAUAGUUAAGGUGUUUAGAAAUAGCUUUUAAUAUUUGGAAGUAACUUAACUGAAAAAAUAUAAAGGGAUAUAAACAUAGUAAUUUUUUUCAUAAUGAACUGUAAAUAAACUGUUAUUUUUAGUAGUAAUUGUCGUUUCUUAUCAGUAGUUUUGUUUAUUUACCUCAAAGAAAAUACGUAUUACUAAGAAAUUAUAAACCACUCCCGUAAUAGGUGUUGUCGCACGUCUAAAUCAUGUGAAUAAUAAUAUUAAAAUGUUUCCCCUUAAAGAUACAUUAUCAUUAAUUGGAAAUGAGCUAGAUUUCAAAAAACUAUCCGUGUCCGAUUAACAUCGUAAUGUUAGAAUCUGCCAUUUAAAUAACUAUAUUAUUUAUAUAUUAGCGUAAUCAAAAAGACUUUAUUAUAAAAGUGUUUUUAUCGUAUUUUGCAAUCUAAAUUUGAUAUUUUGUAUAUCUAUUAUAAAUUAAUUGUGAUUUUUAAAAUCUAAGCACUUUGCAUACUCGGACUUCUGUUUUCUAUGAUAAAAGUAGAUAAAACUUCUGGUGAUUAAAGUUUGCAUAUUCUUUCGAAAGUUCUUUGAGAUGAUAUAGGUAAUCAUUGUGUAUGAUAGCAUAGUAAUCAUAUUUUUAAACACAAAUAGAUUAACUUCUCAUGUCUUACUAGUAAACUUAAAGUUUUAUGUAAUUAUUUGUCAUCGGUCUUACUUCAGUCAUGUUUUAGGAUAGGAUACAAAUGACUACUAAAUGGAUUUUUGGAGUAGCUAUAACAAGUUUUUGUUCGCUUUUUAUUAGUUGUUCCUCUUAUAAUAGGUCAACAGAGGUAAAGUGGGUAAAAUGUUUAAUUACAAAUACAGUACCUUCUAUCUACCUUCAGUUAAUCGUGGUUAAUUUCGUAGGUAUUCAAGCCAAAAACAAUACGCUAGCUAUACGUAAUCAUUAGUUGACGACCUUAUAAGGAUUGUAGAAUAUGGUGAAUACUAAAACAAUAUUUUUUAACAAGUUUCUUCUAAGAGUAAAAAAUUGUUUUUCUGGUCCUUCGAACCAGCGUAAUAGAUUGAGUAGAACUCAAAAGGUUCUUGAACUAUAAAACUUAUAAAACAUUUUAGGGUGCUCCAUAAUUCUAGCAAGUGUAUUUUAAUGAUGCAAUAAAUUAGAUUUGUUACAAAC